CCCAGUGCAGUAAUUCUCUCUGGUAGUUGGUGAGUUAUCUUCAGGUUUGUGUUCAGAGUGAGUUCAGACGGUUCUACACUGAGGAAACUCACCCAGGCGUUAUAACCAUGCCGUCCACAACCAAGAUGAUGUACUUUUUCUCCAGCGCUUUAUUAAGCGCAGGAGGAAUCGCUAUUCUGGGUUAUGGGAUGUCCACUGCCUGGGCUGACUGCGUAAUGUACUGCGGCCCUUCAGACAACAACCAGUUCAACGGUUUUGCUGAAAUCGUCAUGGGCCUGUUCGCCGGAGCCGAGAGGAAGACGACAUGUCCCAGGUUUGACUCUGAGGAUACUUUCACAGUUUUUACGAGGUUGGAGAAGACUGGUGGAGCUGCUGUGGCUCUGCAGGGUCUGGUGGUAUGUUUGCUGGUUUUGGCUCUGUUGGGUUCAGCAGGUAGUCUCCUCAUCACGCUCUACAACACCGUCAGUAACCCGUACGAAACCUACAUGGGUCCCAUUGGACUGUUCACCUGCAGUGGAUUAAGUGCAUCUCUGGCGUUCCUGGCUCUGGUGCUGUACCUGAUUAACGUGAUGGUGAUAAAGUUGGGACAGGAACUGGCUAAGCACACUGGAGACGUGGUGGUGGAGGACAAAGAUAUGAAAUUCAUGACUGGCUUUUUCCUUCUGCUGCCCUACAUCAUUCUCAAUCUGCUCACCAUCCUGCUGGUGUAUCUGUACGUCCAUAUAGAUAACACACACCGCAGACAGCAGGAGAAACCCACAGAGGACGCCCCCAAAGACAUCAUGAUGUUCUAACAGUUUGGGAUUUGGUGCAGAAGGACAGUGGUGGUGGCUGUGAUGGGGAGAUACUUGCUGGUAAUUAGUGGAAACAUCUGGGACCCACCUGUAUCCAGCAAACCUUUGGUACAUGGUCUUCAUCAUGCCUUACAGCUCUUCAUGUGUUCAGUCGGAAACAGAACACAGAGCUAUUAUAUCAUUUUUAUAUAUUUUUGUGUGAGUUCAGGAGACGUUAUGUAAGAAUCGACUGUUGUUUCCUGUUAUGUGAACUUUGAUCAGUAGUAAACCAUGACUAUAAUAUGAUCUUCAGUUUGAGUCAUAAAUACCAAAGUGUAAAAGCAUGAUACUGUGUAGUCUAAUAUAUACUGCAUCGUCUGAAACAUAUAUAUAUCUGUCAACCCAAUAUUAUUCCUAAUAUAAUUAACAAAUCUCCUGGUUGACAAGUUUAACUCUUGACCAGCAUAAGCUUUUAUUGUUUUAUUUGGAGUUUGAUGGCCCACAAUGGUUGACAGUCAUAUCCAACAUAACCAACAUCACCAAGUUAGUUGACCCUAUAUAUUGUAUUGUUUUAGUUUGCGAUACAUGUUGCACCAAAUAUCAAUAUUUUAAUUAAAAUAUAGGAGCUUCAAACGUUCUUUUUAAAGUUAAACGAGUGCUGGAUGUUAAUCUACACAGAUUUCUCUCCUGAAAACUGUUUAAGUGAGUAAAGAGCUUCUGUUUCUUUACAGUCCUGUUAGAGCUCUAGAUUUUCUUCAAAAACUGGAGUAUUAGAAUUAGCAUUAGCGGCUAACCACUAGCAGUUAGGGGCUAAUGCCACCCGACAGCACUACACUGAGAAACACUGAAUGUUCCGGUAAGACAGGGUGAUAUUAGCUAGCGGUUCGCUCCAAGUAUCUAUGUUUCACACAGUAGACAUGCAUACUACAGUCUGAUGUACUCACCUCUGAACGCAGAUGAUGUUUGGGGAAAAUUAAAAGAUUUUAAGUGCAACUUAUAGUGCAAAAAUAUGCUAUUUUAUCCUUGCAAUAUAUCAAGUAUCACAGAAAUACUGUAUAAUAUAUAAUAAUACUUUCUUCAAAAUUUCAAAAAUGUACAUAUUUCCAUCCCCUAAUCCUUUUUUUCAUGUACUUCUACUUCUUAUAAACACAGCUUCGUAUGUAAAUGCCUUACUAAUUAUUUAUUAUUUACAUCAUACUGAGCUUAAAUAAAUCAGACCUUAUGUUCUGUCCAAUACAAAGCAGGUGUACGGGUAAAGGUAAAGGUGUGUAAUUUUUUGCAGCACUUCUUUACAGCACUGUGAAUGCGCCGACCAACAUUUUUUUGUAUAAUUUCAUGUUUUUAAUGAUAAUUCCUUAAGUUUUUAUAGGGAACAUUAAACAAAAACAUGUAAAUGGCAGUUAAAGCAUAGCAAUGAUAAGUUAAAAAGAAAAAAAAUGGAUGAUAGAAACCUAUGCCACUUGUUCUUGAAAAUGUUUUAUGUGCUGAUCUGAACAAAUACUGCCUGAAAGGUCCAAAUUAUUAUGUGGAAUAAUAAUUCAUUAAAAACAAUUUAAUUUAUGAUUUGUUUUUACUUUUUUACAUCAGAUGAUUAAAAGUAACUACGUAACUUUUACUCAAAGUACAUUUUAAAUGGAGUACUUUUUACUUUUACAUGAGUAGAUUUGUAGAUGGGUACUUUUACUUUUACUUGAGUAGAAUUUUAGCAAAGUAAAGGAACUUUUACUUCAUUACAAUUUUUCAGUACUUUUCAGUACUUCAUGGCAAAUGUACAUAUUUCCAUCCUGUUUUUUCUUUUUCAUGUACUUCUGCUUAUAAACACUUAAGCUUAGUUUGUGACUGGAGUCCUAUGUUUUUAUUGUUAACGUUGUUUUUACAGAAAAAUGUUCUUAAGCCGUGUCGCUGAUCUCUCUACAGAUCUACAGUAAAAUAGAUAGAACUGUAAUGCUCGAUUUGAGGCCGUAUUGUUCUGUCACUCUGCCAGUCGUUUCACUACUAUCCAUAAUCAUCCUGAUAUAAAAUGUAGAAUGAUUUACUGUAAUUAUGUGAUAAACGUUCACCACUGUAAAACUGUCAGAUGAAGAAAUGCUGGAUUUUUUGCUGCUACUUCCUGAUUAGAUCAUGGAUCCAUUGACAAAUGUAAAGUUCUAGACUUUGGACCUGUGUCUCCCUCCAGUCUCCAGUCUCUCAACAGAUUUAGUUUUUUGUCGCUUGUAUUGAUUAUUAACUUAAAACUCAAUCCAUUUUUUUUCUUUUCAGCUUUUCUUGAGUGUGAAUUUUACUUUAAAAUUACAUUUAUUUAAGUUGUUCUCAGUGCUGAAUGCCCUGAUCAUGAUUUAAGCGUUGAUUGCAGCCAGAUGAAGAAUCUUGUAGUAGAGGUGGAUUUAGGAUUUAUGCCUGAACACCGAAUAAAGGGAUUAAUUCAGGAAUAUGUAUUUUAAAAAUAAUAUUAUUAUUAUUAUUAUUAUUAUUAUUAUUAUUAUUAUUAUUAUUAUUAUUAUUGUCUUUAUUACUGAUUUACUGUAUUAGUUGUUUUCCUUCUGUUCGGUUUGCAUGGAAAUCAUUGUGUGAUUAUUAUAAUUUUAUAGACUAUAAUUUGCUGUAUUUUUUACAUGUGUAUGUGGUCCUGGACUAAUUCAACUCCUGAUCCCACCAAUAACUAUUAAAUUAUUCAACCAAAUAUUGAUUAUUUCUGAACUCUUAAAACUUUAUGAAUAUGGACUUGUUUUCUUUGCAUUAUUUGAGGCCUGAAAGCUCUGCAUCUUUACAUUUUCUGUAAAUAAAUGCUCUAAAUGAGACUAUUCUUAUUUGGAA